CUAUAAAUUAAAAAAAAAGUGAAUUGAUCUCCAGUGAAUUGUAAACAAUCAUGUUGCUAACAUACUUCAUUGCAAUAUUCGCGUUCGCCUCAGUUAACGCUGUGGUCCCUAGAAUAUCUACUAGGGGGUUUCUUGAAAAUCAAAUCAACAACGCAUUAAUCAAGGCAACUGCGAGUUUGGCAGGGAAAGAUCCAUACAUAAUCCCUGAACUAACUAAGACCAUCGAUAAUGCUAAGAUAAAAGUGAAUUUUACGGCAAAGGACCUGCAAGUGCAUGGAAUUUCCAAAUUUGUGGCUAAAGAUAUUAAAGCGACUGUUUUGCCGCCAACUGUAGCACUUGCAUUAGUUUUCGAAAAAUUAACAAUUUCUAUUGGCGAGUAUAACGUGAGCAUGAAAGCCGGCUUUGUCCCGGUGUAUGGGCAUGGAAAAUUGACACUAACAUUACAAAAUAUUGUCCUGAAUUGUUCAGCCGGUGCAACUAUUUUCCCAUUUGGAAUUAAGGAUUUAACUCUUGCUUUCAACUUAGAUACCAUUGAUCUUAAUAUAACUGGUCUUUUCAACAAUGAUAAGUUCAGUCAGUUGAUCAGUUCGAUCAUAUCAGAGGUCCUCCCAGGGUAUAUACAUAGGUAUGGUACCGUUAUUGCCAAACUUGUGUCAAAACAAGUGGAAGACUUAGUCAACGAUUACAUAUAGAUAUGCAAGCGAGAGUUAAGAUGAUAUAAUUUAAGCAUUGUCACAUCGGUUAUGAUUUUUGGUGUCUGUAGUGUUUAUUAACGGGUUUAUGAACACAACAAUAAACAUUUUGAAUCUAAGAUUAACAAAGGUUUCAAUUUUAAUUAUUUUGGUAAACGUAAACGGCGACACAACAAACGAAGAUCCUGUCUGACUCGACAGAGACAGACUCCUUUGUAUGGAACUGCAACGGUACCUAGUACACUGCGCCGGCUUCCAAGGGAUGUCUUCUCUGUG